AUGCCCACCGGCAUCUGGGGCAGCGGCAUUGGCGGCAUGAAUGGGCCAUCGGGCAUGAAGAACGGGCCUGGGGGUGGUGGCGGCACGAUGGUGGGGCCGUCAGGCCCGACGAACGGGACAGCGCCGAAACCGCCGUGGAAGCGGCCGAGCUCGCGGCGGACCUCCUCCUCGAUGAGCCGCCGCUCCACCUCCUGGCGGAUGAUCUGCUCGCGCCGCGCCGUGGCCUCCCACUCGAACGGCGAGGGCGGCGGCGGCUCUCCAUGGAAGGCCCCGGCUGUGCGGGAGCAGGGACUUUCAGAGGCUAGAAAUCUGCGGUCUCGAUCGAUCUCUGGAUGGAGGUGGCAUUGGGGAAGGUGUCACCACCAUGAUUCUCAGUUAACCACAGCUAAAUGCCUUUUCUUAAUCUUUCCAGGUCAGGAACAUGCAGUUAACUCUGACCAGUUGCUGUUUUUGGUAAAGCGGGUAGAUCACUGGACUGUGGAUUGUGCUAACUGCAGGCUGGCUUAUCAACCUACCAUAAGGAAAGCAAAAAAGAGACAACAAAGCUGGCGAGUGCUCGGCAUGGCAGAUGCUAGUUCGAGGACUGACACCUCGACUGUUGUAGACAUGGAUGAUAAGAAUCAAAGGUUAGAAAAUGGACAGGGUGGAGCUAUGGUCCUGCCUUCUAAUUCAUCUGAUCGGUCUGACAGAUCUGACAAACCUAUGGACCAAAAGGUUUUGCGACGGCUUGCUCAGAAUCGUGAGGCAGCAAGAAAAAGUCGGCUGAGAAAAAAGGCAUAUGUGCAACAGCUAGAGAGUAGUAAGCUAAAACUUGCAAGCCUGGAGCAAGAACUCCAGAAAGCUCGACAACAGGGAAUCUUCAUAUCCAGUUCCGGAGAUCAAACUCAUGCUAUGAGUGCAAAUGGAGCUAUGACCUUCGAUUUAGAAUAUUCUCGAUGGCAAGAGGAACAAAAUAAGCAGAUAAAUGAGCUGAGGACUGCAGUAAAUGCUCAUGCAAGUGAUAGUGACCUCCGUCUUAUCGUCGAUGGGAUAAUGGCACAUUAUGAUGAGAUAUUCAGGCUGAAGGGCAUUGCUGCAAAGGCUGAUGUUUUCCAUAUACUUUCCGGCAUGUGGAAAACACCUGCUGAAAGGUGCUUCUUGUGGCUUGGGGGUUUCCGUUCGUCUGAGCUUCUAAAGCUCCUUGUGAAUCAGCUUGAGCCUCUAACUGAGCAGCAAUUGAUGGGGCUAUCCAAUCUCCAGCAAUCCUCCCAGCAGGCUGAGGAUGCAUUGUCACAAGGAAUGGAAGCAUUGCAGCAGUCCUUGGCAGAAACGCUGGCUGGGUCCCUUGGUCCAUCAGGAUCUUCCGGAAACGUGGCAAACUAUAUGGGUCAAAUGGCUAUGGCCAUGGGUAAACUUGGCACACUCGAGAAUUUCCUUCGUCAGGCCGAUAAUCUACGACAGCAGACCUUGCAUCAGAUGCAACGCAUCCUGACAAUCCGACAAGCCGCUCGCGCGCUUCUUGCAAUCCAUGACUACUUUUCACGUUUGCGCGCCCUGAGUUCUCUUUGGCUUGCUAGGCCACGAGAGUAA